AUGGCGACACUACCACCCCCAGAUGUGGCCAUGGACAUCUCGUCACCAGGCCAUCGCAUGGACCAGGACGACGAUAUUGAGAUUGACAUCAGCGACUACCCUAUCGCGUUCGAAUUGACCGACGAUGAGCAAAUGGUAGAAGACGGCGAACAGGCACGGCCAGACACUGCGACUGAUGAAAACAUGGACGAUGACGAGCCAACGAUUAUCACACACGAAGAAGUGAUGAUAGAUGAGCCUCCACUCGACAAUACCACAAUUGGGGACGACCUUGAUGAUGAGCUCAUCGAUUACGAUGAUGACCAAGCUCAACAAAUUCCAGCCCCUGCAAUAGACCAAGGACAAAUUCAGCCAGCUACCCUGGAGAUGGUGGUCGCGCCCUUCCUUGUAUCUACCUCAGAAAGCCAGACAACUCUCAUUGGAGACCCUCUCUCAUCAUCAGCAGAAGAGACUUCGGGCUUAGUCCCAGUCUUGCUGAGCAAUGGUCCAAGUUCACAAGUUGAACAGCAAAGCCUAGUUGCAGAAGAGUCUGUCGCGGCGCCACUUUCAUCUUCAGAAUACCAGGAACCGAUCCCUGCCACAGUGGACGGUGUACACAAUGAUAAAGCCCCGGUUGAAGGAAAACUAACUGUCAAGGAUAUUGAUCCACCGACCACUGUUCAGGAGCAGGUCAAGAAUGAUGAAAUAUCAGCUCAGCAGCCACAGACUGAACAGAAUGACGAAGCAUCAGAUCAUACGCAACAAGCCGAAGUGGACUACGAGAAAAGUCUGACAGAAGAACAGAGUUCAACCAUCGAGACUCGAAUCGAACCCAGUGAAGAGACUCUUCCCCCGCCGACUGAUACAGGUCUUCAUCCUGUCAUGGUGAAAUAUAGGUCAACAGAAUUCCCAUUAUUCAAAUCACAGACUUCACCCAACGGUCUUUUGGAGAACGACAACAUUGCCAGUCUAAGCCUUGCCAAUCUUAUGGCCACAUGCCGAGAACAGCUUGCAAUCAACACUGGCGAGAAUAUUUCGGACGAUCAAGAGUUAUGCUUGAAGAUCGACCACAUGAGAUCUACCCUCAGAGAGCACGAGCCACGAGCAUUCGAAUUCAGUCUCCAAGAAGUUCUGGAUACCUUUGUUCACUUGUACCAGAAUGAUGCGACGGAGGAGAUCCCGGCCAUGUGGCUCACGAUCGAGCUGAUUUGGAACUUUUCGAAACUCAUCACAGAGAUGAAAAGUGCUGCCAGCGAAGGUCUCGGCAUGACGCACUUCGAAUAUGUGAAUAGUGCCAAUGGUGAUUAUUAUCAGGAGGAACAUCCUAACGAGGAUGAACCCGAUCACGCUUCCAUUGAUAAUGAAUACUACGAACCAGAUGAAGAGUAUGCCGAUGAAUUUGAGGAAGAACAAGCUGCAGAUCACAAUGGCGAAUCUCAGCAUCACAACGAACUCCAGGAUAACGCCGAAUCAGCUAGCAGCAAUGCAAAUCCCAAUAACGACAAUGUUGAUGAAGUCGUAGCUGAGAGCAGCGUGUCGGAAGCUCAGGUAGAGGAUUCCCAGGCGGAUGCCGAAACCGAUGUGGAGUCCUCAAAGCCUCCCAUCGAAGACUCUCACGACUAUCCCGCUGCUGCGCUUGCAACCUCGACGGAAGAUGCGAACGAUUCUGCAUAUGCAGCGAGCAACGUAGAAGGGCACCCGGGACAUCCGGACAAUCGCGUGCCGAGUCACGAAGAUACUACAGAAGAGCAAUCGGACAACGAGUUUGACGACGCGGCUGAAGUCUAUGAUGCCGUCGGGGACGAGGACUUCGUAACAGGCGAGAUUGAGGAAGCGCAUGAGGACGACGACCAUUUAGAGCCCAAAGUGAACGGCGAAGAAGUUGAAGAGGGUGCUGAACAAGCUCUGCUCCCUGGUAAUGACGAAGCCGAUGACAACACGCUUCAUGAUGAGCUUGACAACGCUGCCGUGGAGCAAGAGGAAUAUGCAAAUGAAGACAACAUUCAGAACAUGCCUGAGCCAGAAGAGGCUGUGGUGCCAGCUUCUGGGGCUGCCCCCACAAAUGACGAUCUCCUAGAAUACGACGACGACGAAAACGCUCCUCUUGACACCUCCACAGAACAAUCCACCAGUGAGAAGAAUGGAGAUGGUACCGAACAUGCCGAGGCAGAUGCGAGUAAAACCGAUUCAGACCCGGAAGGCAGAUCGCUUCUACACAAUCAAACUUCAAAACACGAAUCGCCUCGAGGUAAACGCCGACUUGAGGAUAAUUCUGACUUCGACUUCAUCGACUUUGCCGAUGAUGAACCCGAUGUCAAAAAAGCUCGAGCUGGAUGA